ACUUCAGAGCCUACCAAAGAGACUGAAUCUUCUCUAGCCCAGCAGGAGUUCCCAGCGCAUCCUUUAGAGUCUCCUGGUGAGGUGGGACCCUUUCUCAAUGAGGAGAAGCCUCCAGCUCAGGCUGAGACUCCUGGGGAGAGUCAGUUUGAAAGCCAGCAAGAGGUACGAGCUCAAGCCUCAGAGUAUGCUGAAGAGUUUAAACCUUCUUCAACUGUACAAGAACAACAAGCUCAGUUUCGAGAGAACCAUGAAGUGACAGUUUUGCCCCCAGGUCACUAUCAGGCUCAGCAUUCUAGCUUGUCACAUGGGACUGGUCAACCAAAUCUGGCGAUAACAAUAACAAAAAACCCCAUAGGUAUGGGAACAUCUGUCUACCAUGAAGCUGCAGAGGCUGAGCUCCUGCCAAAUCAACAGGGCAUUCUACCUCAAUCCCCAGAAUCUGUUCUAUAUGAUAAACCUCUACGCCAGCAGGAAGACACAACUGGAAUAUCACAGAUCUCCAAGGAAGGAGGACUCUUUCCAGCCCAGCAAAAGGCUCCAGAACAGGUUCUGGAACUGCCUAAAGAAGAGGUAGCUCAACCUCCAGGUCAUCAUGAGCUAAAAGGUCCACCCUUGGGUCAUGGUCAACUUUAUUCUCUAGCAUCACACAGUGUCCCAUCUCAGCAUCCAACCCCACCAAAAAAGGAUCACUAUUCUUUGUCUGGUCAAGAGGUCCCAACCCAGCCUAAAGAGAUUCCUGCUGAACCUUCUCCAAGACAGCAAGGGAGCUCAGCUUGGCCUUCAAUGACAAAAGCAUUUCUUUCACCUGCAGCUCUAGAGGCAAUGUCUAGAACUGAACAUUCAAAAUCAUAUACAACAUCAAUUAAACAUCUGGACCUAGCUCUUACUGUAACUCCAGAGACCUCUCUCCAGGAUAUGUCUGUUCUACUUCCACAGGACUUACUUCACCCCACUGAGCAAGGUGGAUUUUCACAAAUCCAGACCAAUGCCAUU